AUGGCAACGCCCGUGACGACGACGUCGUACAAGAUAGCACCUCCAGACUCUUUCUCCUUCAAACCCAACGAGUGGCCGGCAUGGAAGCGAAGAUUUCUUCGAUUUCUGUCGGCUUCCGGAUUGCAAGGACAGAAGGAGACCAACUUGGUGGACACGCUCGUCUAUGUGAUGGGACAACAAGUCGAAGACAUCCUUCAAACGUUCAAGCUCAAAGCCGAGGAAUCAACCAACAUCACAAAGGUACUGGAAAAAUUCGAAGAGUAUUUCGUACCUAGACGAAACGUGAUUUACGAGCGAGCCCUUUUCAACACUCGAACCCAAAGGGAAGCCGAAUCCGUGGAAGAUUUUGUAACUGCUCUCCACGUCUUAUCGGAAACUUGCGACUAUGGCGAGUUAAAAGAGGAUCUGAUCCGAGACCGUCUAGUAGUAGGACUCCUCGAUCGCAAGCUGUCAGAGAAGCUGCAGCUGGAUCCGGAACUCAACCUCCACAAAGCGCUGGUAACGGCCCGACAGCAUGAAGCGGUUCGAAAGCAGCAGGCUCACCUCCGACCGAGUCCCGAAAAAGACGGCAACAUCGAUCGCAUUAUUAAACACCCAGGGGGUAACAGAUCAACCACGAAGAAACACCACCAAAAAGCUUCAGAGAGCUCAGAGAACUCCAGAAGCAAGACAUGCCGUUGGUGCGGCAGGGAUCCACAUCCGAGACAGCAGUGUCCUGCGAAAACUGCCAUCUGCAACAAGUGCAAAAAGAAAGGACAUUUCGCACUCGUGUGCAGAUCCUCCUCAACAGUGCACGCAAUUGAAGCACAGCAGGACGUUGGCUUCGUAGGCAUCGCUGGAGGAGAUAGCAGCACAAGAUGGGAUAUAUCAGUGCUCCUAAACGGUAGGCCACACUUUUUCAAAAUAGACACGGGAGCAGAUGAAACUGUUAUAUCUUAUGAAACGUUCUGCCAGCACCGUAAGCCAGGCAUCACGCUUACAAACCCCAAAAGACAGCUACACGGUCCCGACGGCAAACCACUCCAAAUCGAAGGAACGAUCGAUUGUGACCUCGAGCUAAAUGGCAAAACGGCAAAACAAGUGAUCUACGUGGUGAAGGGACUUACGAAGUCGUUGCUUGGAAAACCAGCAAUAGAAAAGUUUUGCUUGUUCCCACAAGUGAACAACGUGGCUUCUACCCCUCGUGUCGGGGGCACCGAGACAGUCCACCUCUGCAAUCCGCGUAAGGACUUCCCUCAGCUCUUCAAAGGACUCGGUAACUUCAAGGAGGAAUAUACCCUUGCUCUCAAACAAGAUGCAAAACCGUAUGCUGUCGUUUCUCCGCGCCGAGUGCCACUCCCUCUCUUCAAAAAGACACGGGAAGAAUUAGAACGAAUGCGGAAGCUUGGGGUUAUCUCACCAGUAGAUGAGGCAACAGAAUGGUGUGCUCCAAUGGUGGUGGUUCCGAAACCGUCAGGAAACAUCCGUAUCUGUGUUGACCUAUCAGAACUCAAUCGACAUGUGCACCGCGAAUGGCACCCCAUACCCUCAGUAGAGCAGACACUAGGACAGCUCUCAGGUGCAAAAAUAUUCUCGCGGCUGGAUGCUAACUCUGGCUUUUGGCAAAUUACUCUUAAUGAGAAUAGCCGACUGCUCACGACAUUCAUCACACCGUUCGGGAGAUUUUGCUUCAAUCGCCUCCCGUUCGGCAUCAGUUCGGCGCCAGAACACUUCCAGAAGAGAAUGGCGAGGAUCUUAGAAGGCCUCGAAGGGGUACUCUGCCACAUGGAUGACGUCCUGAUCUACGGUUGUACAGAAGAGGAACAUUCCCAGCGACUGAGGAAAGUGCUACAACGAUUAGACGACGCACAACUUACCCUGAAUUCCGAGAAGUGCGUUUUUGGAACUUCCAGCAUCACUUUCCUAGGACACAGAAUAGACGCCAAUGGCAUUCGACCGGAUAAUAGCAUCCUCAAGUCAGUACAGGAGAUGCCACCGCCAUCAAACAAACGCGACCUCCGACGUUUACUUGGCAUGGCAACGUACCUGGCGAGAUUCGUGCCUCGUCUGGCUGAUGUUCUACAUCCCUUAACAUCAAUGUUAAGUACAAAAAACGACUUUGUCUGGGACAAGGCGCAACAACACGCAUUUCAACAGUGGAAGGACAUUCUUUCGACGCGUCCCGUUCUGGGAAUUUUCGACCCAACAAAGGACACCAUCGUAUCCGCCGACGCCUCCGCGUACGGACUAGGUGCAGUUCUAAGGCAGCAGCAAAGCGAUGGAAAGCUAAAAGUGAUCGCCUACGCGUCUCGCACCCUGACCGAAACAGAAAGGCGAUACGCGCAGAUCGAGAAGGAAGCUCUAGCCUUGGUGUGGGCUUGUGAGAAGUUUAGGGACUACCUCAUUGGAACCCGGUUUACUCUAGAAACCGAUCACAAACCGCUAGUUGCCCUUUUCUCUACCAAGUCCCUGGAUGACCUUACGCCAAGGCUGCAAAGGCUACGUAUGCGUAUAAUGCGUUUCUCCUACGACAUUGUUCACGUUCCCGGGAAAGAGCUUCUCGCUGCUGAUACUCUGUCAAGAGCUCCGCUUCCCACAACAGAAUGUGGAGACCUCGAAGAAGAAGUUCAAGCUUACGUACAAUGCGUAACAGCCAAUGUACCAGCAACAGCUCCAACGCUUGACUGGAUUGAAGAGCAACAAACAGCUGAUCCUACUUGCCAGCAACUGGUCCGUCUCACUAAGCACGACUGGCCAAGCAAAAGGGACACACCACAUGACCUUAAGCAAUUCUGGGAUCAUCGACAUCAGCUGUCUAUUAGCGGUAAAAUACUGAUGUACGGCUCAAGAAUAGUUAUCCCACAGUCCAUCCGCAACACCAUCCUACAGAUGCUUCACGAAGGUCACUUUGGAAUUGUCAAAUGUCAACUUCGUGCGAGAGACUCAGUGUGGUGGCCAGGGAUAAAUGCAGACAUCGAGCAAAUGGUGAAGGACUGCAACAUGUGCGCGGAACACCGCAUCAACAGGAAAAUGCCGCUAAUGCCUACAUCAUUUCCACAACGUCCGUGGGAAAAGGUAGCAAUGGAUUUGUUUUGCCUAAACGGACAAUGGUGGUUAAUUGUCACCGACUACUACUCGCGCUACCCUGAAAUUGCUCGAUUAACGAGUCUAUCGGCUGCAACGGUGGUGAACCACUGCAAGUCCAUUUUUGCACGACACGGCAUACCAAACGAAGUAAUAUCCGAUAACGGACCACAGUUCGCCGGUGCAGAAUCAUCAGAAUUUCGAAAAUUCGCAGAGGAAUUCAAGUUCAAACACACCACUUCGAGCCCGAGAUAUCCACAAAGCAACGGCAUGGCAGAAGCAGCCGUAAAGAUUAUCAAAGGAUCUAUGAAGAAAACGGGGGAUCCGUACGAAACGCUUCUUUCCUAUCGGUCAACACCCCUUAAGAAUGGCUACAGCCCAGCCGAACUGCUGAUGGGUAGACGAUUGCGAACUACACUUCCCACAGCGGAAGAAAUGCUGCUACCCAAGAGGGUAGACCACGAGGCCGUAAAGAAGUGCGAAGAGCUACUGAAAAAGAGACAGAAACAACAGUUCGAUAGACACUAUGGCGUUCGACCUCUCUCUGAUCUUGAUGAGAAUCAAGACGUAUGGGUCAUCGAUGUACAAAGAAGAGGAUGCGUGAAAGGUCCAGCCUCAACGCCACGUUCCUAUCUUGUGGCAACAGAGAGCGGUGAUCUUCGCCGCAAUCGGUCGCAUCUCAUCCCGCUGUCACACAGUUCACGUGAUGACCAGUUAGCCGAAACUACAGACCUCGCAGAUGCACAAAUGCAUGAAAGAAUUAGCACUUGUGAGAAUAUGUCUCACAUGCAUACCAGAAGUGGACUCUGCAUUACGCCAAAGACUUUUCCUGAGUCAGAGACUUCCAAAGGAGGGGAAAUGUGA